UUGGGGUAGGUGAGAGUACAAAUCGGAGUGGAUCAGAAAGGAUUUCAUAUAUCUUCCUUCUCCUCCAGUCUUCAAAUACCCCCCCUUCACCAUACUUCAUCUCACCCACCACCACCACCACCACCACCACCACCAAUAUCAAUGGAGGUAGGAGCAGUUGGCUUGGUCAAUGUUCAGACGCCAUUUGCAGGCGCAAAGCACAAACUGAGAGGAGCCAGUGCUACUCUAUCAUCAUCUCAUAACCUUAGUUUUCCGAUGAUGAUCCAUAAUGGUAAUGGUCGCCACAGUAGCAAGAGAGAAGUGGGUGGUAUUAUGUGGUUUAAUGCUUUGAACAGCAGUAGCAAUGGUAAUAGCAGCAGCAAUGGUAGUAGCAGUAGUGGUAAUGCAAAGAAGAGUGUGCCGAAUUCGAAUUAUGUGGUGCCGCUUGACAACCCUCCCAUCUCCUCCUGCAUCACUCGCCCCCUCGCCGAGAUUUUGAGGGAUCUCAACAAGAGGGUCCCUCACAACAUCAUCAAGCCCGAUCAUGGCCGCAACUAUAUCCCCUGGUACCAUGCCAACCGAAUGCUUAGCUUCUAUGCCCCAGGAUGGUGUGGUGAGAUAUGCAACGUUGUAUUUACAGAUGAUGGAAAGAGCGUGACUGUUGUCUAUCGUGUUACCGUCCGUGGAUCUGAUGGAGAGGCACACCGUGAAUCCUCUGGUACAGUACUCAUAAAGAAUAACCAGGUUGAAGAUCCUGUUGCUGAGGCAGAGCGAAUAGCCUUUUGCCGGGCAUGUGCUCGGUUUGGUCUUGGUUUGUAUCUAUAUCAUGAAGAUGAGUGAAAAGUAGAAUGUAACUGAGUUGUUGCGAUCGACAUGAUGGCGUGUAUCACUUAAUAAAACAGUCGUGCUUCUUCAAAGUACAACUAGCAUACUAGACAACCAGUUCGGGAUAGAUGCGUUGUUUUUCUGAUGUGUAUAUUAAGAAAUCACAAGUCAAACUGGUUUAUCAGGCUUUCCUGUUUUGGCUCCCAUGCCCAUGCAUUGUGAGAAGCAAUGCAUGCACAGUCGCUGUUUGCUUAUAUAUUUGUGAUGUUUUCUGGAUGUGUGAACUUCCAUUUUGUAGAAACCAUGUACAGCACUGAUUUAUCGAUGUGGUAUUCACAA